CUAUUUAGGUGUCGGUGUCAUUUUAUUCAGGGCCAAAGCAUACUUUUAUUGGUACAACGGCUAUUUUGUCGAUUAGUUAAACGCAAUAUUUCAGACUCUUUUGACUCCACCUGCUGGCUUGUAUAAGCAUCAUGAGCACUAUUAAAAUGAACGUCAUCGACUGACUGCUGGCUUGUUGAAGUGACACUGAAGACGGUGGAUCAGGGUUUCAACUACCGGGUUUUUAUUUCAAUAGGCUCAGUCUGAAGGAUUAUAUCGUCUGAUAUUUCUUUUUCCAAGCUUCGGCAUCGAUCGUAUAAAGUUUUCUGGAUUGUCGACAGCGCGUGCAGGAGUUAAAGCAGCAUGUCAAGGUCAGAUUUCCCUCCGGGUUACGAUGAUUCCCGGCUGCUCUCAAACCCUCAGCCUGGGGGAGGUUACCCCGCUUCUGGCCCUGCAUAUGGCUUCAAUGGGUACGGGGGACAACCGCCUUACCCACAGCCCAAUGAUCCAUACGGGGCACAACCGCCUUACCCACAGCCCAAUGAUCCAUACGGGGGACAACCGCCUUACCCACAGCCCAAUGAUCCAUACCGAGGACGGCCUGCGGGAUACCCGCCACCAAGUCUACCAGUCAUCCCUGUCAUUCCUCCUGGUGACGGUGAAGGAUUUACCACCACAGAUGGAUUCGAGAGUACCAGUGUUCGUCACAGUUUUAUACGGAAAGUGUACCUGAUCCUUUCUGCUCAGCUUCUUGUCACAGCUGCCAUCGUGGCUAUUUUCACAUUUGUGGAACCGGUAGGAGUGUAUGUGAGGAAAAACCCAGCCAUUUACUGGGUUUCAUAUGCUGUCUAUUUUGUCACACACAUGGUACUGGUUUGCUGUACGGGACCAAGGAGGCGUUUCCCAUGGAACCUUAUCCUGUUGGCCAUUUUUACAUUGGCCUUAUCAUUCAUGACUGGAAAUAUUGCAAGUUAUUACAGCACUAAGGCAGUGUUCAUGGCGCUGGGCAUCACUGUUGUCGUGUGCGUUGCGGUAACAGUCUUCUGCUUUCAGACUAAGGUGGAUUUCACUAAAUGUGCAGGCUUUUUCACCAUACUCGGAAUCGUGGUGUUCGUGACCGGCAUCAUUACGGUUAUCGUGCUGUCAUUCAAAUACGUCCCAUGGCUUCACAUGCUCUAUGCAGCUAUAGGAGCCAUUGCAUUCACUCUGUUUCUGGCCUAUCAUACCCAGCUGCUCAUUGGGAACAGGAAGCUCUCCAUCAGCCCAGAGGAGUAUGUGUUUGCUGCUCUCUCCCUUUAUGUUGACAUUGUCCAGAUCUUCAUCUUCCUCCUGCAAAUUAUCGGAUUUGCGGAGAGAUAGAAGCUUCAAGCUGGCGGAUGGAGCUUUUCUGUACUUUCAUAAUGGCUUUACUGUUUAUUCACUAUGCAUUGUCUUCUCAGUCAAUUCCCAAACAAUAUAUAUUCAAAUAAUACUGAACUUGUAAAAUAUAUCAAGCAUUAUACUGAUCAAACAAAGGGAUGAAUAUAAUUUCCAUGACUAAUUAUUUCUAUUAACUAACCAUAUGCAUACAUUCUGAUAAAAUAUUAGCGAGAUUACAUUGCCAUUCCUGUGUUCUGAGGUCCAUGUCAUGGUAAUGGAUGCUCACUUUUAGAAAUGGGUCUGUAUUAUGCAAAUUUCUACUGUAUAUACUUAGAUUUGCUGUAUUUACUAUUGAAGUUACAUGGGUGUGGUGCAUUUUGGACAAGGGUAUAGGUUUUCUGCUGUGUACAUACAAUCUAACUGUAUUUCAGUUUAGGAAUUUAGAGUAUUUAUUAGACAUUUUAUAUAGAAUAAAAAACUAUUUCUAAAAAUAUUUCUUUGCUUUAGUUUCGGGAAAUGUCUUUGAAUUUGAUAAUACACUUAAAUAAAUGUCACAGAUUGUGAUGUACAGUGGUGCCUUUUCCAUUUUUGUUUAGCACCAAAAUAAACUGUAAAUAAGUUGUUAUAAAAAGUGUUAACUACAUCUAAAUAAAUUUGUCAUAUUAGAA